AGUGCGCGGCGGAGUUCCUGGGAGCAGGCGGUCGCGGAGCUUCUCGUGUCCUGAGCUUUGCGAUUCGAGUCCUGCUGGUUGGUGCAGGUGUUGCCCACAGCCACCGAGAUCAUGGUGUUCUACUUCACCAGCAGCAGCGUUAAUUCAUCUACUUACACCAUUUACAUGGGAAAGGAUAAAUAUGAAAAUGAAGACCUGAUAAAGUAUGGCUGGCCUGAAGAUAUUUGGUUUCAUGUGGACAAAAUCUCUUCGGCUCAUGUAUACCUUCGAUUGCACAAGGUAAACGCACUGAAACAUGGAUCCAUGGCUUUGUCCUUAGUGAUGAGCAGCGUAGCCUGUUCUUUUUCUGAAAUUAAAUUGCUUCAGGGAGAGAAGAUAGAAGACAUUCCCAAGGAAGUGCUGGUGGACUGUGCCCAGCUUGUGAAGGCCAAUAGCAUUCAAGGCUGCAAGAUGAACAAUGUCAACGUGGUAUACACGCCGUGGUCGAACUUGAAGAAGACAGCCGACAUGGACGUGGGGCAGAUAGGCUUCCACAGGCAGAAGGAUGUAAAGAUCGUAACAGUGGAGAAGAAGGUGAAUGAGAUCCUGAACCGAUUAGAAAAGACCAAAUUGGAGCGAUUCCCUGACCUGGCAGCAGAGAAGGAAGGCAGGGAUCGCGAGGAGAGGAAUGAGAAAAAAGCCCAAAUUCAGGAAAUGAAACGGAGAGAAAAAGAAGAAAUGAAGAAGAAGAGGGAAAUGGAUGAACUGAGGAGCUAUUCAUCACUAAUGAAAGCUGAGAAUAUGUCUUCAAAUCAGGAUGGCAAUGAUUCAGAUGAAUUCAUGUGAAAGGAGACAAGGACUUGAAAGAUGUGAAUGUAGAGACCAUUGCACACUUUCUGAUUUCAUCUCUGUUCUGAAUUUUAAAAACAACCAAAAUUCUGCCUUCAUUCUACACAGAGAUUCUUUGUUUUAGAGUUUUAAAAAAAUGUUCCCUUUUUUUGCUGACAGAAAGGGAUAGAUAUUUGUGUGUGUGUGUGUGUGUGUGUGUGUGUGUGUGUGUGUGUGUGUGAGAGAGAUGAACUUGAAGAUGACAUAACUUUAGGAAAGCGAAAGUAUUUUUGCCAGAUCGAGUCCCAGUGCCUCCUGGAAGCCGACCGCCCUUGCUCUUGAGACAGACAUUGAACAAACCAGCUCUAAGCAGUAUUUGUGUGGCUGUGGUCUGUUCCUGAAAACAGAUGUCUUGAAAUGCUUUCCAUAUCCUAAAAUAUCCUCACUUCCACUAAGAAUAUGUUUGUGGGCAAUUCAGGCUCAUGUUCACAUUUCUGAUUUCCUGAUUAGGAAAGGAAAAAAAAAAAAAAAAGGAAUAUGAGUUUUGAAGAUGACAAUGAUAUUUCAAAGGAUUGGUAGCUGCAGUAGCGCCUGGUUCUGUUGGUGGUGUGACCUCAGCUCUCGGCCUGUCCCCACUCAGAGAGUCCUCGCUUUCUCAGAGUUGGGGCUCCAGGUCUAGCAGCGUCAUAUGUAAAGAAACAGUUGGUCCUAAUCAUGUGGGCCUGGAGAUGGUUGUUCCCUGAGCACCAAGUAACCCCGGCCACAGACGUGACGGCUUCCAGGAUCUGUAGUCUCUGCAAAGAGGAAGACAGGAAGGGGUGCUCUGUGAAUUGUGUGGGAAAGACCAGUGACCUGACUUUGUGUUUGGCUAUAGCAUGAUGCAGAAGUCCAUAUUGGAUUAUGAUUUUGGAAAAAUGAAGCAUUUCUUCAGCCAGCUGAGUAAUUUGUUUCCUUACCUUGGAAUAGAUUGAAGUUUUAUAACCCCAGAGUCCUAAUUUCUCAAUUGUAGACUCAGUAACCGAAUAUGUAAUUACUACUCAUCAGAAACACCUGCUACUCAGUGUGUUUCUGGCCAGAAAAUAAAUUCUGACUGUGCUAUAUGAGGCAACCCCAAAGGAAGAGCCAAAAGAAAAUAGUGAAAAGAGAAGACCUGCAGGAUGGCAGGGCGCAGGUUCAUACUGUGACACUCCCAGGAAACUGCCCACGGCGCUGUUUGCUAACCCAGCAAAAUGAUCUACAUCAGACCUUCCAGCUGUCAUAGCACUUUGGAUCUGUGGGUAAAACCCAAAGGACUAGCAGUUCCUUUUAUUUCAAGUUGGCGUACGGGGUUGAACUGGAAAAUUCCCGGAGGCAUUAGUCAUUGGCCUGAUGUUGAGGGGUAUGGAAGACAGCACCAGAGAUCAGUAUGUGUGGGGGUGGUAUUUAGUCUUGAGUUCUGCAAUUAAGAAUUAUAAUAAAGUAUCUUUUUUAAUCUGG